CCCCACACACCCAUUUUAUUUCACACUGACAAAAGCUGAGAUGAAUGAGUUGCCUGGCCCUUCCCACUGUGUAUAGUCAUUGGCUGGCUUGGUUCUAAAAGGGAUUUUAAAAAGGGGAAUAAUGUGCCUUUGCCCAGGAUCUGAGGCUGUCAGGGUGCUGAAAAGCUGAUCUGUGACCAUGCAGAUCCCUUGGGCUGUGUGUGCUGUCUGUGUCCUGACACAAAUCACAUCUCACUCUGUGCAAGGGUGGCAGAUGUUUAAAAAUGAUGCUACAGAAAUCAUUCCUGAGAUCACUGAAAAUACAGAAACACCAGUGGAGCCAACUUUCAGCAACAACAACACCAUGAAUCAGGCAAAACAUGGAGGAAGACACAUACAACAAGCUCCGGACCUUAAUGAUGCCGCCUUCAGCUGCCGGGAGGUGCGCACCACGCGGUUCCUGACGGACGGGCCGUGCCGCAGCCUGAAGCCGGUGAAGGAGCUGCUGUGCUCGGGGCAGUGCGAGCCCGCGCACCUCCUGCCCAACUCCAUCGGCCGCGGCAAGUGGUGGCGGCAGGGCGCGCUGGAUUUCCGCUGCAUCCCCGCGCACAGCCGCACCCAGCGCGUCCCCAUGGCCUGUCCGCAGCAGGAGACGCGGACUUACAAAUUCCGGGCGGCCACGUCCUGCAAGUGCAAGCGCUACACCCGCUACCACAACCAGUCCGAGCUCAAGGACUUCGGCAAGGACGGCGCCCGGCCCCAGAAGAACAAGAAGCCGCAUCUCGGCCGAGCCAGGAGCGGCAAAUCCAACCAGCCCGAGCUGGAAAACGCUUACUAGCGGCCGGCUCGGCCACGGACAGCGGCUCCCGAUGGUCCCCGAACCGCCCAAAGGCUCUCAGAGGCCACAGCGCCAUGUUCUGACUGCAGUAGGUUCCAAUUCCUUCUGCUAAGCUGGGUCCAAGGCUCACAUAGGCAAAAAAUCGAUCGGAUUGUAGCACUUCUGGUCUGAUAAGAGAACGAGACCAAGGCAGCCGGAGGCACCCCCGAGGUCCGGGCAGUUUGUCUGUGUGUCCUGCCGAGCAGGAGGCACAGGAGGGUGAAGCUGUCCUGGGGACAAUCACGCUUUGCUAGGAACCAUUCCGCUCUCUUGAUGUGAAAAGAAUAUUGAGAUCCCUUUCCUGGACGAGGAUGAAAUUAGGGAAGCACCAGCAGGGUCAGCACUCUCUGAAGGAGCCCUACAAGUUUGGGGUAGCAGGGAUUUCAAGUUAUGGUGAAGGAAGUCAAAUUGUUGGGAAAUUAACACGCGAUCAGAUGUCCUCAUGCUCCAGGUGUUUCCUCUCAAGCACAGAAAUCAAAAUAUGACACUGGUGUUCUCAAAAGAGAAGUAUUUCAUACUAAUCCAUUUCAUACUUUCUACAAAUCUAUUUCAUACUUUUAAUUAAAAUAUUAUGGG